UUGUCAUUUUGUAAACCAACCAUUGACUAUGUUGCUGUGGUUUUGUUUUGUUGCUACUUUAGCCGGAGUUUCUGGUCAAAGUGUUGUAGCUUUUUCAAAGGGAUUAGUUGCACAUGCGCACCUGACGAAGGGCGAGAUUGUAACCUACAAUAAAGACAUAACCAACAUUAAUGCCAAUUUCACCAGUGACGGAAAGUUCCAAGUGCAAAUUCCAGGAAUUUACUCCUUCCAUUUCUAUUCCCUUAGUAGGAGUGAUGCAGAAAUUUGGCUGGAAUUUUACAAAAACGAAGACUAUCUUGUGUCCAUCUAUGCCUACACAGCUAGCGAUUGGGCUGAUGCCGGAAACACAGUGAUCCUAGAACUUCAGGCGGGAGAUACAAUUUACGUGAAAGCAGCAGACGACUACGACAACUCAUUGUAUGGCGCUGCUGGAGAAAUUUAUACUACUUUCACUGGAGAACUUUUAUUCUCUGAAGCGUCUGGUAGUGUCAAUCCUGUUGCUUUUUCUGCUGGACUUACCCAUAACAUGUCUCUGCCUAAUGGUGGACCAGUACUGUUUGAUAAAGUCUUAACCAAUGCAGGAAAUGGGUAUGAUGCGAGUUCCGGAGACUUUGUAGCACCUGCUGAUGGAACAUACAUGAUUCAUUAUAACUCUCUUUCAGAAUUAGGUCGUGAAAUGUUUUUGGAUCUUUACCUCAAUGACCAGUAUAUCAACUCUGCCUACGGGGAAGCAGAUCAUACAUGGGCUGAUGCAGGAAACAGUGCCAUCUUAGAUCUAAAACAAGGAGACAGGUUAAGAGUCCGUAGCCGGGCUGGGGAAAACGUGGUAGUAUAUGGGGGUCCAGAUGAGAUUUACUGCACAUUCUCGGGUGUGCUGUUGUCUUCACAGAAUACAGAAACCUCAGGUCCAAAUGCAAAUGAAAUUCAAGCUUUUUCUGCAGUACUGACCCAGAAUCAGAAUAAUGGCGGAUCAACAACAAAAGUUGUCUGGGAUAAAGUUUACUCCAACAAAGGUGGCAAUUUUAAUGCAACAACAGGUAUUUUCACCGCCAAAGUUGCUGGCGUGUAUGUUUUUAAUUAUCAUGGACUAGCUCAACAAGACGAAGAAGUCUGGAUGGAACUCUAUCACAACUACAUGUAUGUUAAUUCCUUAUAUGGUCAUGCUCCUCAUGGCUGGGCUGGUGGUAGCAACAGUGCGGCAUUGAAACUAGCAGUAGGAGACACUGUCUAUAUCGAUAUGAAAGCCCACAACACAUUAAUUUAUGGUAGAGCGGAUGAAAUAUAUUGUUCCUUUUCUGGAUAUCUGUUGGCUCCUAUGGGAGGAACAUCAAUUGUCGGAUAACUAGAUUGAAAUAUCUGAUAUUUGGUGGUAACAUUUAU